AUGUUGCAGCUCUCCAACGAAAUCUCUCCGAGUCAGGCUCAGCGCUUCACCCUCUCGCUCUUCGACAAGCUCUGGGAGCAAUACCGUCAGAGAGUCUCCUACGUCAGGGUGUACGAGGACAUUGUAGCGAAGCACCAGGCAAGCUUUGUCAACGACCAUAGUCCGAGCAUGGGAAUCGCUUCCAUUGGACGGAUCUUCGAAGCUCUGGGCUACCGGGCCAAGGAGUGCUACCAGUUCGAAGAUAAACACCUCAACGCAAUCUACUUCCAGCACCCCGAGCCUCUCUUCCCCAAAAUCUUCGUGUCAGAGAUCAGAGUUUACGAGCUCUCGGAAAAGAAUCGAAAUAGAAUCCUCAAGUCAGUAUCGUCUCACAAGUCUCUGCUCACAGAUGGGCUUCUGCAAAGCAUCCACAACUUGCACACAACAAGAUCAACAAGUCUAGACAGCCUCCUUGAAAGGACCCUCAACUGCCUUCAGGUUGUUCCAUGGGCGCUUCCAACGUUGGAGGAUGUUCAAGCAGUGAACGAGGAGAGUCAGUAUGCCGCAUGGGUGCUUGCUGUGACCAUCGACGUGCCGGUCAUAUGGCAGGGCAAGGUCAUCAACUGCAACUGGAAGUAUGCUUACUUCGAGCUCGCGCAACGAGACAGCUUCACGUGA